AUGGCUCUGGGCCAUUAUCCCUUGGCCCGACUGGGAUUUUCGGUUUCUUGUGCCUCCACCGCCUCCCGAGUCGCCCAGCGCACAUCAGCAACGCUGGCGCCCCCCACUUGGAUCACUCGGACAGCCCCUCCCUCUGCUGCGUCCUCCUUUUCUCCCCCCACUACGUCUUCUUCCUCUUCUCUCUCCCGAGCUGCUCUCCUCACCAGGCAUUUCUGUUCCUCUGCACCCAAAAUGUCGUAUACCGUUCGCAAGAUCGCUCAGCCUUACACGCUCGAGCACCGUGUUUACAUUGAGAAGGAUGGCGUUCCUGUCUCUCCUUUCCACGAUAUUCCUCUCUACGCCAACGAUGAGCAGACUAUCCUGAACAUGGUCGUCGAGAUCCCCCGCUGGACCAACGCUAAGCAGGAGAUCUCCAAGGACGAGUUCCUGAACCCCAUCAAGCAGGACACCAAGAAGGGCAAGCUCCGUUUCGUCCGCAACUGCUUCCCCCACAAGGGUUACCUCUGGAACUACGGUGCCUUCCCCCGCACCUGGGAGGACCCCAACUCUAUCCACCCCGAGACCAAGGCCAAGGGUGACAACGACCCUCUCGAUGUUUGCGAGAUUGGUGAGCUUGUUGGCUACCCCGGCCAGGUUAAGCAAGUCAAGGUUCUGGGUGUCAUGGCUCUGAUCGACGAGGAGGAGACUGACUGGAAGAUCAUUGUCAUUGAUGUCAACGACCCUCUGGCCUCCAAGCUCCACGACAUUGAGGAUGUUGAGCGUCACCUGCCCGGUCUCAUGCGUGCCACCAACGAGUGGUUCCGCAUCUACAAGAUCCCCGACGGAAAGCCCGAGAACCAGUUCGCCUUCUCCGGCGAGUGCAAGAACAAGAAGUACGCUGAGGAGGUUAUCAAGGAGUGCUCCGAGGCCUGGGAGAAGCUCAUCUCUGGCAAGAGCAACGCUGGCGAUAUCAGCCUUGCCAACACCCAGCUCGACGUGAACCGCGCCGACGCCGCUCAGGUCGCUGCCCUCCCCCGUCACGAGAACCUUGCCCCAGCCCCCAUUGAUGGCAGCAUCGACAAGUGGUUCUUCAUCUCCGGCGCUGCCGUGUAA